GCUCUCCUGUCUGCGUGAGAGCCUUUAUCACAAAUCACACACAGUCGGCGUCUGCUGCUGCGCGCCGGGCCAAGAGUUCACGGCGCUGUCCCCAUAGUUUCUUCUCCGGGACUUUCUCUCAGUUUGAUGAGAGCUGGCGCAGUGGAGAGGUUCACCGCCACAUGUGAUCGGCGCUGAGUGGCUGUCCUCGGCAUAACUUCGGACUUAACUCAUGGAUAAAACUUUGUAAGCCGCUACAACCCCCGGAUAAGCUUUGACCGGUGCGUAAAGUUACUGCUUUGUAGCUUCGCGGGCCGCUACCGAGAUGAUUUUCUGAACGAAGGAAGGGUUUGUGGGAGAGAGAGGGGCUGACACAUGAUGGAGAGCUGACACUGAGGACAGCGAGCAUGGAGCAGACAGACAGCUCUGCCCCGGAGUGCACCAACCCAAAUGGGUUUGUCAACAAAGUCUUUACUGUGUCUCUGGACGUGGAAAAUGAGAGCAGCUCGGUUUGGGUUCAGGAGCCCGCUCCCUCCGAGGGGCCUGGGGACGGUCCUGUCAGAGACAGACAGGAGGUGCACCGCAGGUCUCGUACUACUGGGGGCAUCUGGAGGAUCCUCAACCGAAAGAAAACUGUCCCUGAGUUAGAGAGACGGCCUCACUCCAUGAUCUUGCCUGGAGAGGCGGCCAUUCCCAAACUCUCCUUCGCAGACAAAGUCCGCUCCUUUAAGAAGCUCAAGUCCCCCUCUGUGUUCAGGAGUAAAGGGAAGCUGUCCACAAAGUUCAGCAGCUCUUUGGUGGAUGAGGAGUCUUUCUGUCAUGACAUUGGCACGCCUCAGCAGCACAGCAGGAGCACCCUGCGACACAGAGGAAAGAGACAUUCAUACGCUGGAUACACAGGUGACUUUGACUGUUCAUUUGAAGAUCUGGACCUCACUGCUCCCACAGAGACCAGUCAGCCCCCUGUCACAGACUCUACUGCUCAAAAUGGGGUUAAACCUUCAGAAAGGGUCAGCUACACUAAACGAAACCAUAACAAUUCCUCCAACUGUAACAAAGUGUCCGGAUGUGAGGAGGCUAUCAUCAGAGACAGUCCUAGGACCCACCGGGGUGCAGGAAGGAGACACAAAGAUGUGUGGAGUUACCUGCGGAGGAUUUCCCUUUUGGGAAAGGCUGGCGCUGCCUACUCAGAGAGGAGCUUUGACUCUGAGCUGCACUCUUUUGACAAAACACUGGACUCAGACUUUGGCUCUGUGGACUUUGAGACAGUUAAGGACUUCCAGCAGCCUUUGCCUAAGCAUGCAGACUCCAAGGGCCACUUUGGAGGACUGUUCAAGUUUUUUAACAGUGUUGCAGAAACUGCUCGAAAGUGGCGGACCACAUCGCGCUCCUUCUCUCCUCCAGAGGGAGAGAAGAGUCCAGUGAGCUCCCCUCGAGCCCCUCGCACAGCCAACAACGUCCACAGUGUGUCUCUGUCCAUCCACUCAGACACACCUGCUUCUCCACACACCAAAUCCUCAGGCAGCUUCAGCUGUGAGGCCACGGCACGACCUCGAAAAGGCUCUCACAAACUCAUGAAGACCCAAUCAGGAUCUCACGCUCCCAACGGCCUUCAAAACCAACACACAGAGGCCAAUAAUAUAGUGGAGAAUGGUCUAAGUGCAGACAAUAAAACAGAAGCAGAGGUCAUCGUGGAUCCAUUAAAGAUUCAAGAGGAAAAGGCCGAGGGACAGACAGGAAAUGAGCAGGAUUCCAGGGAUGCUCCACCUGACACCACAAAGAUACAGGAAGUACAUGUCCAAUCACAACACGGCGACAAAGACAGUACAACCAAUAGUGUCCCACCGUCCGACUCAACUGAAGAAAUAUUUAAGCUGUGUGAGCAGAUUGCCCUGCAGACAGGCAGCUCUGUCAGACCCCUGUGCCCCACCGUGCACCACGCCAGCCUGGACCGCUCCUCCAGACCUGCCCGCCUGCGCCCUCGUCCUGCUUCCGCCAUCUUGGACCUCCACAGACCCGAGGCGACCAGGGACUACUACAGCCACUACAGCGAGGUGGGCUCUCUGUGCAGGAGGAGGAAAAGACCAGCUCCCAGCGUCCACCGCUCCCCGGGGCAGAAACGGACCGUUGUUCGAACCAGGCCCUGUUCUGUCAUAGAGACCAGUGUUACUAGGGAGACGCAGUUCACCGAGCUACACCACAGAGCCUUGUCCAGACCCCCGGGGGUGUCCCCUCUGGAGCCCCCCCUCAAAACCUCCCUCCAGCGGUGCCGCUCCCUGCCUCUGCCCAGCAGCACUGUGUCUGCACUGGCUCUGAGGCUCCCACAGUCAGACAUAGGGCAGUGCUCAUCUGUGCGGUUACGAUCUGGAAGCUGCAGAAGAAGACGUCUUUUGAGGCCGGGGUCCGAGCCACUGCAGGUCAAUAUAUUGAUAAGUGGGGGGUCGAUCGUGAACGCGGAGGCAGUAUGGGACCACGUGACCAUGGCCGACCGCGAGUUGGCGUUCAAGGCGGGCGACGUUAUCAAGGUGCUGGACGCCUCCAACAAGGAUUGGUGGUGGGGACAAAUCGACGAGGAGGAGGGCUGGUUUCCCGCGAGCUUCGUACGGCUGUGGGUGAACCAGGAGGACGGGGGAGGGGAGCCAGCCGAGGGGACAAGCGAGGUUCAAAAUGGCCACCUGGACCCCACCAACGACUGCCUGUGUCUGGGCUCGCCGCUCCAGAACCGGGACCAGAUGAGAGCAAACGUCAUCAACGAGAUCAUGAGCACAGAGAGGCACUACAUCAAACACCUCAAGGACAUCUGCGAGGGCUAUUUGCGCCAGUGCAGGAAGCGCGUGGACAUGUUCAACGAUGACCAGCUCAAAGUCAUCUUCGGGAACAUUGAGGACAUCUACCGCUUCCAAAUGGGCUUUGUCCGAGACCUGGAGAAACAGUACAACACAGAAGAGCCACACCUCUCCGAAAUAGGACCCUGCUUUUUAGAACACCAAGACGGUUUCUGGAUCUACUCAGAGUACUGUAACAACCACCUGGACGCGUGCAUGGAGCUGAGCAAACUGAUGCGUGACGGGAGGUACCAGCAUUUCUUCGAGGCCUGUCGUCUCCUGCAGCAGAUGAUCGACAUCGCCAUCGACGGCUUCCUGCUCACUCCGGUCCAGAAGAUCUGCAAAUACCCUCUGCAGUUGGCCGAGCUGCUCAAGUACACCGCACAGGAGCACAGUGAUUAUCGAUAUGUGGCGGCGGCGCUUGCUGUAAUGCGUAACGUCACUCAGCAAAUCAAUGAGAGGAAGAGGAGGCUGGAAAAUAUUGACAAAAUCGCCCAGUGGCAAGCCUCCGUCCUGGACUGGGAGGGGGAUGAUAUUUUGGAUCGUAGCUCAGAGCUGAUCUACACCGGGGAGCUGUCGUGGAUAUACCAGCCGUACGGACGUAGCCAGCAAAGAGUCUUCUUCCUCUUCGACCACCAGCUCGUCCUCUGCAAAAAGGAUCUGAUUCGUCGGGACAUCCUGUACUAUAAGGGCCGCAUCGACAUGGACCGUUAUGAGGUGCGGGACGCUAUAGACGGGCGCGACGACGACUUCAACGUGAGCGUGAAGAACGCCUUCAAACUGUGCAACAAGGACAGCGAGGAGAUCCACAUCUUCCUGGCCAAGAAACCCGAGGAGAAGAUCCGCUGGCUCAGGGCCUUCCAUGAGGAGAGGAAGAUGGUGCUGGAGGACGAGAAAAUCGGUUUUGAGAUCUCCGAGUACCAGAAGCGGCAGGCAGCCAUGACGGUGCGAAAGGUGACCAAACAGAAAGGUGUAAACAGGUGCACGCCCCCGUACCCGCCCCCCCAGGACCCCCUCAGCGCGGGGCAGUACGACGUUUUACCGGAGGACAUGGCACAAGGAGAGGUUUUUGAAUUCAGUCAAUCCAAAAGAGGCCAGGCACCCUUCUGGCAAAAUUUUAGUAGAUUAGCCCCAUUUAAGAAAUAGACUCUCUACUUCUUCUUGAAGGACCAGCUAUUUUUCUUAGAAGCACUAAACACUGGAUCAUCUUGUUCUAUCCCUAAUGAAGAAAAACCCACAUUUACGUAAAAGGACUCUGAAGUUUAAGGACUAUAAGAAUUGCUGACAAGGAAGCAGCUAAUGGAUUAUACCAGUGGUGGAAAAUACAAACAGUUAUAACAAACUCUCUAUACUAACUUCAUUUUGUUUGGAAUUUGAAGCUUGUUCCCAUCUUCUGAAUGUCCUCGAGAUUGUGGUUCUAUGAUUUCAAUGUUAUUUCUUUCUUUUGUCACUGGUAAAGCAAAAAUACACUAUAGGGCCCAUGUUAAGUCUAUGAUUGUGUCUCUAAAUGCUACAACCUGUGCUGCUAUGUGAGAUUGUGUGAAUGUUUUGAACUUGAAAUGGGGCAAAUGAAGGACCAUACAGAUACAAGCCAAUUUUAAUUAUCCAUACCUUUCUUUUUGCUUGUUGUGUACAGCUGGGCACCAAAAAUAUUCAUACCUUGGCCAAGUUUUGAGUUUAAUUAUUUAGUGGGUAAACCAUCCAAAAUGUAUUUUCUUUAUUCUCAAGUCAGUGGCAAAGCUUUUGUUGAUUAUUUUCUCACAGACAUUAUCUUAAGUUGCUCAUUGAUAGUAACAAAGUCAAAGUAAUAAAGUACUGUACUUAAGUAUAAAUUUGAUGUAUAUAUACUUUAGUUAAGUACAUUUUAAAGAGGUUACUUUUUACUUUUACUUCACUACAUUUGAAAGAAGGUAUUUGUACUCCACUACAUUUUUGAACAAGGCUGAAAAGUAAAAGUUUUUUUUUUUAUUGUGUGAGAGCUGAUUUUUUAAAUUAUUAUUAAUUUGUAGUUUGAGCAAACACAAAUAUACAAAUAAAAAUAGUUAGGAAAAACUAAAUUGAACAAAAUUCUGCAUAAAUCUUUAUCAAAAUCACUACAUUUGAAGCUUUAUAAAAAUAAAAAUAAAAACUCAAUGUACACAAAAUACUUUUACUGUUUACUCUUUCAGUACAUUUUUAAAGAAGUACUUUAAUACUUAAAAGUAGAUUUUUCAUGUGAUACUUUUACUUUUAGUUGAGUAUUUUUGCUCUUCUGUAUCUGUUACUUGAGUAGCAAAACUGAGUACUUCUUCCAUCACUGUUGGUUUGACUGCAGUUAUUUAAAAUAGGUUUGAGUUGAAAGCUGCACUGUAGAAGUGAGAAUCAAAAGACCCGUAAAAUGUUAUAUUAUCUUUGCCCUUGUCAUAUUCUAGUUAUUUCUUUACAUUUUGGCCAAAUAUAUGAAUACUUUGGGCUUAACUUGUACCACUGUAUGCAUUUAGUAAUAGUAGUAGUAGUUUUCCUCUAUCUCUCUUUCCACCUGCUCAUAUGACUCAGUGCUGCCACUUCAUUUUGUUGGACCCCUGCCAUUGGCCAUGAUACAAACAGGUCAGGGAACAAAUCAAUAGUGGGCGCAUCAAUACAAUAUUUACAUCUCUUCACCAAGCACUUUUGACAGGGUAUUUUAGGAGCCAGGCAGGCUACGGUGCACGUUCAUUCGCUUUGGCUCACAUUUUGGAAAGCACCACCAAAAAUCCUACCUCUAGAAACCCCCACUACACAAGAAGCUGAAGUUGAUGCAUUGGCCAAGGUCUUAAGGUAAUAUUUCAUUCUUGUGUUCACGUCAGUUGUAGGAAUGGCUCUCCUGGUUGACUUAAUUAUUUUUGCUAGCUUUGUGGAAGGAAAAAAAGGCAGCGCAUAUUCAAACUGACUUUUUCCUCAUUAAAGACAUGCAAAUGUAAUUCUCAACGGAUUUGGAACAGAUUCUACCUGCAGAGCUAACCAGCACAAGGGGGAAUGGUGGGCUGUUACAUAAGUGAACAGGACAAGAGAAGAUAGAAGAUGGGAGUGUGUUGUGAAUUAAAGUGCAAAUGCAAAAGGUCUGUCGCCAACAGCGGAGGGAAGGAGUGAAUACAAUAUGUAGCAUACAGGCGUCCAGUUGCAUGGGAAUAUAUGCCCGUGUUUGUAAGAAGAUUAGCUGUGUUUCAAUGUGUGGUGUCAUGAAAGAUAACCAGGCUACUACUGUACAUGUUGUCAAUGGGGACUUAGCUUUAGCCACAGAAUAUCACAAAUUGGACAAUCAGGAUGGCAACUUUUAACCAACAGCUGGGUUUCAAAUAACACUAUAACAUUCUAUAGGCCAAUAUUAUUUAAUACGGAUGGGGGCAUCUAAAAUUAAUGUUAAAAUACAGGUUUCUGUUGUAAUACAGUUAGUUUUUGGGUCUAGUCACUAAUAGAAAUUAUUAGGUUUAACAUUUGCCUUUAUACCUUUUAGAUAUUUCAACUGAAACUGCAAUGUAAUUAACUUGCCCCCAUCUGAGAAUAUGAAAACCACCAUUAAACUUCAGUAUUAAAAGGAUAAAAUUACAAUUACUAUAUACCAAUUAUAUUUCUAACCUUACAGUAGACAUUUAUAACACCCACACAUGCGAUAGUGGGUGUUACUUGCUACUUUGAUCAUUUAUAAUACCUUUAUUCAGUUGUUAAAGGUAAAACAUGUAACUUUAUUGAUGGAGGUAGAGAAGGUGUCAGGGGUUGUCAUCUGAACAUUAUUGUAUUGAAUUUUAUAGAUUUUGGCAAGCCAUCCGCACCAGUCUUAAAGUAAUAGUCUGAAGAGCUUUAAUUUAUACUGUUCUAUAGGGGUCCAGUUAAGUAUCUGCCACCUGCUUGUCUCUAUGGAGAUGUUAUUGCUUAGCCUGGAAUGUUCCACAGUAUGACAUUAAUCUGUCUUUAUGUCGACGGUGCAGAUACUGACUGAAUCUGUUGAGAGGCAAGCCUGUUUACUGUAAAAAUUUACAUUUUCCAUUAUGUUAUUUUAGCAAUUACAUUUGUACAUAAAAGAAUUCAAAAUAGAUAACUAAUGCCAUACUGUGGAACAUUCCAUGCGAAUGUGUGUAGAGUCCAGGUAGAAUCCAUGGCAAAGGAGAAAUUCAAACGUUUAUUUUGGUCAAAAACAUUUCACAGCUCAUCCAAGCUGCUUCUUCAGUUCUGGUCAGACACUGGUGGACAUCUGUCUGAGGGGAGGAGCUAACUACACUGAAACUACUCUGAAACUAACACCCUGCACCGGGCCACUCCUUUGAGGAUAGUGAGGUGCAGAUCUUAACCAGAGGAAAGAAUUGGUUUGAGAGGGGGGUUAAAGAGGCUAUUUUUGUUAGGAAAGACAGGUCCUACUUGAAUAGAAAUGGAGGCCUCAGACAUCAUCUGUUUCCUAUCUACAACUCCAUCCUCAAAUCUCAAACAAAGAGAACAAUAGGGGUAGCCAGGUCAGGGCCAGAGGUGUGAAAACACUCAUUAUGGGCCUGAAUGAUUAUGCUAAUCUGACUCCAUACUCUGUACAGAUGAAUAGGCCUAGCCAACAAACAGAAACAGAAGCAAAUGGGGUGUUAGUUUCAGAGUAGUUUCAUUGUAGUUAGCUCCUCCCUGCAGGCAGAUAUAAGGCAGUGCCCACCAGCGUCUGACCAGAACUGAAGAAGCAGCUUGGAUGAGCUGCGAAAUGUUUUCAACCAAAAUAAAAGUUUGUCCAGUUGACAAAUUCAGUUUCUCCUUUGCCAUUCCAGGCGAAGCAAUAACACCCCCAUGGAAACAAGCCGUUGACUGAUCCCACAACAGAAAGUCACAUAAUGUAGCUUUAAUAUGAAUCAAUCCACUGACUUAGUCUUUUGGCUUUCUUAACCUUGGGCACCACACAUUCAAGUACAGCAAUAUCAUUUACAAACACAACAAAGGGUUAAAUCUGCUGUUUUAAUUCUUCUCCCUGUCAUCCAAUGGUUUCACCCUGGUUUCGUGAUUUUUCAAUAGAUGACUGCCAGUUCACGUGCAUUUGUUACAUACACCAAAGCUGCUGUUUUUGGAUAUGCUGUUACUUUAUAGUGCCCCCUAUAGGAGAAAGAAGACACUGAAGGAAGUUAAUUUAUGAACGUGUAUUGUUUUCUUAUGUGGGAAUGUAAGUGCAAGGUUUGUCCAUGCUUUUUUGAGUUAUAUUUUGACCUCAUAUUACAGAUUUUAUGUUAUGGACAGUGCAUAUACAGACAACUUGUGCAAUGUGAUCAUAAUAUAUCUUCACUAUUCACUAUGGACAGUUAUAUAUUCUAUUGUUCUGCUAUGUCCUUUGUUUUUGCCUUCUUACAGGCUUAUUAUAAUCUAUUGGAGAAAAGAACAACAUUAGAUUUGCUUUGUAUGUUGUACUAUUUAUGUUUCAGUAAAAGGAAGUUAUGAGAAAUGGGUUGAGUUGGCUGCUGGUCUCUUAGAUGCAGUGUUCUCCAUUAAUAUUGGUACCUGAUAACAUCUGUGGAUUUUAAUAUACUUUCUGCACCCAGUUUAAUUCCAGUUUUAAAUUUGGAACAUUUAUAGCUAAUUGUCAGUUCUAUUUUCCGUCUACACUGCAAAAAUAAAUGUCUAGAUUUGUUAAAAUUAUCACAAUUAUUUUAAAAAAAACAUACAUACCCCUUUGGCAAUUUCAUUGUAUUUACAUUUUAACCUUAAUUAUCUUGUAACCAGUCAGAAAUGUCAGAAAUUAAAUGAGUUAACUUUAAAUUAAUAUUAUGAGUUAUGUGUAAUUUUAACUAAGUCUAUAAAUGUUUUGCAGAACAAAAUUCACAUCCUUCUAUUGUCAUUUUUACCAAGGCUGCCAAUAUUUGUGGAUUACACUGGUAGAUGGUUCCCUGUAAACAUUACACCGAACGAUAACUCCCUAAUUUAUCUUAGCACAGCAAAAAGAUGUGGUUUUCCCAGGCCAUUCUAACCUCAGGUCACAUGCUAUACAACUUACCCCCCCUCCUCCCUUAUUUCCUCACCCCCAUAGCAUACAAUAACAUACAACUUCAGGCAUGCAGGCGUAUAUUUAAUACUACAAUACACAUACACACACACGCAUAUACACAAAGAUUCACGCGUACUUGCUGGCCCGAUCUGCUGCCGAGAGGAGAGAUGCGAUCAACAGUGCCUUCCAGUAUACCACUAGUGAUUAUCUAUUCAGUUUCACGGGCAGAUUUGAAUUAGUCAUGUAUUUUCCCCAGUCUGUAUAGGACUCUGCAUCUCUCUAUCUCUUAUCAUACACGCAUUGGGGAUCCCUCCUCCCUUGUGUAUGGACAAAACAUAUGUAAAAAGAUACGAAACGACUUGGCCUCCUCUAGUAGAUACUGUGCUGUCUGACUCAAAUACAAGAAUAUAUAUUACAUUACAGUUUGUCACCCAUGGUAGUAAUUUCUUGCACAAGUUUUUGAGUUUAGAUGCUGCAUAGACUUGCUUUCCGCUGAGAGAAUAUGUUUUAUUUAAUAUAUCGUAGGUCAUUAGUUAGUUAGGUUUCACAAAUAUAAUAUGAAUUAAAAGAAGAAUCAUCUAUUUUAACGUUAACUGUUACACACUGUAAAUAGUGUACAAAGAACAGAUCAUAUAUUUGGAUAUUGGUAAUUUGGAAGCGAAUGUUGUUCCAGUUUAGCGUGUGGUAUAGACCUCAGUACCAGGUAAAAAUGCAUGCUUGUGGCAUCCAAUAUUUUGCAUGAGACUUUAAGACAACUCUUAACAGAUCGUUUCAUUUUGUCAUAAAGGUUUUCCUCUCCCCAGACGCUUCAUGUCCUGCAUACAGCUGCAGUCCUGUGCAAAAGUCAAUAUUAUUAUGUCAUAUAAGGCUAUCAGUACAAACUAUACUGUAUUAUUUCAACUUAGCACUGAGUAAGCAAACUGAGCAUGGGACUCUGCAAUAUUAAAAAUCCAAUGUCCAGACCCUGAUUCCAUUUGGGCUCACAAUAUUUGAGGGUAAAUGUUCUUACUAAAGAGGCAGUUUUAUUUUACAAAUUACUGUAACUAAUUGUUUACUCUUACAAAAAGUUUCUAAAAAUCCCUCAAAAACUUCCAGGAUGUUUUAAUACUGAAGAGUCCAAUUGAAAAAAACAAUUUCAACAACAAUUUUGUUAUCAUCUUCUACAGAUAUUAUCAACAACAAUAAUGUACAGUGGCUUUUAUCAAAGGGGGAUAGAAUAAUAUUGAGAUUGCAGUAAAAUACAUUUACAUUUAUACAUUUACAUUACAAUCACUUUUCUAAACAAAGAGUAAACUGUAACUGAUCACUCAUUAAAAUGGAAGUAUCUCUUUUUCAAUAUAUAUUUUUCCAUAACUAUCCUUUUUUUUUAAAUUCUAAACUUUUGCACAAUACUGCCUUGUAUGUUUCUAUCUCUGUCCACAUGUGUCACUUCAUAUUCAGAAUCUUGUAGCUUUAUUUAUCAACACAAACACAAUCGAAAAGGCACUGCUGCUGUCUUCACUAUCACAUGUAUUGGGUUUUCUGACAUUACUUUUCCUGGUCCCAUCUUGCUAUAGUUAUUUCUGGGCAUGCCAUUAACCUCCAAAGGGCAAAACGGGUAUCAUGUUUUAUUUCUCCCCAUAGUAAACCAAAUAGGAGUUAUAUUAUUGCAACGGUCAGUGGGGGAUUGUGUAUAGAUUAGUAGAAGAAGAAAGUUUUCUGGGUUGCGCUAAAAAUAAUUUCAAUUGUGCAGAUAGACACGUUGAAAUUCAUAUCAUGGACUUGAUGGGUAAAAUUAUUUCUCAUUGUAUUUAUUGAAUGCAGUAUUAAAGGAUAAUGUAUAUGUUGACUUUAUUUUGUUAUGUAAUUCUCAUUUGAGCUGAGAGGACAUUAAAAUCUUAAAAUCAACUAAAUCCACCAAAUUAUUGGACUAUAAUCCCAGUUUCUUUCUUACACUGUCUGUCUAUUUAGAUGUAUAGGGAACCCUUGCAUUUUCAGUUACAUGUUGAAGUCAGGGUACAACAAAAAGUCUUCAAUCCGCCAUACUUAUUGGUGUUCAAAGACAACAAGAAGAAGACUGCCACUUUCAAAUCUUGUCAUUGUAUAUUACCAUGUAUUUUGAGGUCUGGAUUUCAUGUUUUUAUGUUCACCAUUAUAUGCACUCAUUUGUUAUUUGAUUUCUUGCUGGCCUUUAAGUUUGGUAUAUAUUUGUUGUAGAGAAAUGGUAAAAAACCUGACAAAAAUAUAUCCAGAAACUGUGAAUGGGAGAGUGGAGGCGUGGGCCGUUAAUGUACAUUAUAUGUUUUGAUGUAAUAUCCGAAGCACUGGGAAUAUGUUGUACUUCGCUGUAAAAAAGAAAAUCCAUAUCUGAUAUAGCUGUACUUUUUGUUGAAAAUAAAACCUCUACAG